AUGCCCAAAAAUAAGAAAAAGGAAGAAAGUUCCAGCAGUGAUAGUGAUGGUCCUGUAGAUAGGAAUCCACCGCCUGAAAAAAAAGCCAAAAUGGGCAGUAGAACAGAUGAUAAAGAGCCAACUUGGGUGCUGGAAGGAAAGAAACUGGUAAAAGUUCGCGAAUUUAAAGGUAGAGUCUUUAUAGAUAUAAGAGAAUUUUAUGAAAAGAAUGGUGAACUACUGCCGGGUAAAAAAGGUAUAAGUUUGACUCCUGAUAUGUGGCGAAAGCUUUUGUCACUAGGAGAUGAAAUUAAUGAAACAGUAAGCUCACUUUGUUAG